CCCGAUCUAUUUUACGUUUUUACCCCUCUCUCUCUCUCUAACUUUAUAUUUCCUUCCAAGAACCCUAAUAACUCUCAUUCUUUCCGUCCAUCCGUGGUGUGAAGAUCGGCUCUCUAUCCAUCAUGAAUUCAAAAUCGAUUGAUCUCGAUGACUAGGUUAUUUCCGACUACAGCGAACUCGAAGUCUGUAUUUGAGGAGUCCGAGACUAUUUCAAUCUUUCGCCAACGGAGUAAGAGAUUUCAACCGCUGAUUGAUCGGUGUCUCUCGUCGAAGCGGUACCAGAGCUCGAGAUCGUGGGAAGAGAUUUUUAUGCGGUUCGGCUACUAGGAGGAAGGGGCUUCAUCUUGCUAUCAGAUCCGUCAGAUCUGGUCGGAUUCAAUUUGAUCGACGGAGCAGUUAUUCCGCAGUUUGUUCGAUUUAACAUCAGGCUUCUCCGAUCUUCGAAGAUCUAGGCUAUCCUGAUCGAGUUGAUAACAGAGGCUUACGGUUUUUUCCAAGUUGCUAUCAAAGGAGAUCUGACGGAGAACUCACCAGUUGGUUUGAUUUCGUUAGAUUAUUGAAGAGAAGCUAGAAGAAAAAACUGUUCUUAUUUUAUGUAUUGUUGUUUAAUCAAUCCAUUUGAAUAUCAGGCCUGAUUUUUUAAUAUUUCGGCCUCUGAUAAUUAGGGAUUGUGUCUUUCUUAUUUCUCUGUUCUAUUCAGAAACGAGAAAAGAAGAUUUUUUAGAAGAUAUGGCUGUAUACUUUAAGUUUAAAAGUGCAAAAGAUUACGAUUCUAUAUCAAUUGAUGGUCACUUCAUAUCAGUAUCCACUUUGAAAGAGAAAAUUUUCGAAUCCAAGCAUUUGGGAAGAGGCACUGAUUUCGACCUUGUUGUCACCAAUGCCCAAACCAAUGAAGAGUACCUUGAUGAGGAUAUGUUGAUCCCUAAAAACACCUCAGUUUUAAUUCGCCGUGUUCCUGGAAGACCGCGCAUGCCCAUUGUUACUGAACCAGUCAAUGAACAACACGAGCCUAAGAUUGAAAACAAUCAAUCCGAUGACAUUCAAACAGCCAAGAGUAGUUUCAUGGUGGUCGAUUCAUCAACUGCAGGAUAUCCUGAAGAUGUAGAAUGGGAUGAAUUUGGGACUGACUUAUAUGCAAUUCCUGAUGCACAUGCAACUCAGUUAAGCAAUCUAGUUCAUGACAACACUAUUGCUCCUAACAAAGAAGACGAGGAUAGCAAGAUUAAGGCUCUGAUUGAUACACCAGUAUUAGAUUGGCAACGUCAAACUUCUGAUGGAUUUGGGGGUAGAGGUUUUGGAAGGGGCGGUGGAAGAAUGAUGGGAGGACGUGGUUUUGGGCGUGGUGGUGGUAGUGUGUUGGAGCGGAAGACACCUCCCCCUGGCUAUAUAUGCCACAGAUGCAAAGUUUCUGGACAUUUUAUUCAGCACUGCCCAACAAAUGGUGAUCCAAACUAUGAUAUAAAAAGGGUAAAGCCUCCAACUGGAAUUCCAAAAUCAAUGUUAAUGGCAACACCAGAUGGUUCAUAUUCAUUACCAAGUGGAGCAGCUGCUGUUUUGAAGCCUAAUGAAGAUGCAUUUGCAAGGGAAAUGCUUGGACUUCCUUCAACUCACCUUGUCGGUGACCUUCCUCCCGAGCUUCGUUGCCCUCUCUGUACAGAAGUUAUGAAAGAUGCAGUUCUCACCAGCAAAUGUUGCUUUCGAAGUUUUUGUGAUAAGUGUAUAAGGAAUUAUUUCAUGUCAAAGAAAAUGUGUGUAUGUGGAGCCAAAAAUAUAUUAGCAGAUGAUCUAUUGCCCAACAAGACUGUAAGGGAUACAAUCAACAGAUUAAUGGAGUCCACCAACAGCAGUCAAGAAAAUGUUGGCAGUACAUACCAAGUUCAAGAUAUGGAAUCUAAGUUUCCUGAACCAAAUUUGAAAGAUAAGACACCAUCUUCUCCUACAGUAUCUGCAACAUCAAAGGGCAAAGAAGUAGUACUACCUCCACAUGACGACGAGGUCUUGAAGGCAAAUGAGUCUUCAGCUCAAGUAAAUGCUGUUAUUGAUUCAUCAGACAAGAUGCUGGAGAAAAGUGGAACUGGAAAAGUUCCAGAUGUUUCUGAAGCUACGCAUGACUCGGUAAGUGUGAAGGAGCCUGUGUCGCAGGUAAGUGCCCCAAUAGUGGAUGAAGAAGUGCAGCAGAAGCCAAUUAUCAGUGAUGCAGGAAAAAAGAAGAAAAAGAAGAAAACUCGCCCCCCUAUGAGUGCUGCAGAGAUGCAGUGGAAAAUGUCUCAAGAUCUUGCGGCUGAGAAUUACAUGAUGCCUAUGGGUGGUCCUGCUGCUGCAUACAAUCCUUACUGGAAUGGUGGUAUGCAACAUGGAAUGGAAGCAUAUGGAGCCCCCCAUUAUCCCGGACCUCAUCCCUAUAAUAUGGGUUAUGGAUUCAGCGGUCCUUUAGAUGUUCCAUUUGGCGUCUUACCACAAGAUCCAUUUGGUGGAGUUCAACAAGGUUUUAUGAUGCCUCCAAUUCAUCCACCUCAGAGAGAUCUUGCUGAGCUGGGAAUGGGAUUCAAUAUGGGACACCACCCGCACCAGCCACCUAUAAUGAGCAGGGAGGAAUUUGAGGCGAGGAAGGCUGAUCUGAGAAUGAAGCGAGAAUUUGAGAGACGAGGAGCACUUGGAGUAGGAGGAGGAGAAAGGAGGGAUUUAUUAUUAUCUAAGGAUCAGCAGCAGCAGCAACAACAACAACGCAGUGGUGUGAGACAACAUAUAAGCAGUAGCAGUAGAGGAGACGGUCCUCCUCAGCAGCAGUUGAAACCGAAACCUAAAAUAGCCACAGGUCCAUCAUCACUACCACCGGCAAGUGCUGAUCACCGCCACCGUUCGGAAAGAAAUUCGCCGGAGCGAUCGGCCAGGGGUCCGGAUGCGCCAAGGCCGUCUUCGAAAAGGAAAUCAUCAGAUUACGACCACGAUUACGAUCGCCGCGAGGAUAAUCACCACCACCACCACCGAGAUAGCAGGGAACGAGAUCGAGAUCGCCGCCAUGGGAGCAGUAGUCACCACAGGGCUGACUCGUCUGUGGCGAGAUCAUCAUCUCCGACUCCUCCACCUCCUCUACCAGCGCAGCAGCAGAUUCCUUCGAAAUCAUCAUCUAAGCUGAAACCUAGUGUGUUCUCUCGAAUCAGUUUUCCCGAAGGAGAGAAAGAUCCGGCGGCAGCGAUCGAAGGUGGAGGUUCAAAGAAGCGGAAAAUUCCUUCAUCAGGUUCAGAUGCACCAACUCACCAGCAGCAGAAGGCUUCGGAAAAUGGUCAGGAUUACAAGAUCUCUUCAUCCUCCUCCAAGGCAGUUACAUCAUCAUCGGCUGCUGCAUCUGUAUCGAAGAAGAGUGCUGCUGCUGGUGGUGGCUGCGAUUACGAAUCUAGCGACGAUGACCGUCAUUUCAAGAGGAGGCCUUCCAGGUAUGAAUCUUCACCUCCGAAAGCCAUAGCAGCAUCCGAGCACGAGGAGACUGGUAGGCACUCGAGAGGAGGAGGAGGAACAAGAGAUCGAGAAAGGGAGAGAGAUCGGGAAAGAGAAAGAAAGCAUAGAUCAUAAAAAUGUCCAUCUUCUUCUGGUAUUUCUUCAGAGAGAGAGAGAGAGAAACUUAGAACUCGUUUGGUUGAAAACUAAGAAAUUAUAGUUUGGUUGAGAAAUAAGCCCCUGUUUGUUUGUUUCUUUGUUGUUACUGUUAACUAUUUGUAAUCCGUGUUGAUUACUUUUCAGAACUUCCUUCUUCUUCAAUAAUUACAUUUAUUUCUCUACAUCUAUUUC